GUGAACAGCGGUUCUUUCAACACAUUCAGAGGACGAACUCCUGUGCGUUUAGAGAAACCAAACGACGUAGUUAACUUAGUGCAGCCAGUCUUUUUGUUUUAUUUUCUCCCUCCACUCUGGUUUUCAAGGAAAGGAGCGAUUUUGCGUUGUCGAUCCGCCAGCGUGUCUCCGCCCUCCUUUUCUGGUGUAACGUCGCGGUGCAGCAGCCCGUGCUCUGUUCGCGCAGGCGAGGCUACUCUGUGCAAGUGCGCGUGUGCGUGUGUGCAUUCACCUAUCACGCACACCGUCACACACAUAUUUAAAAAAAGUACGAAAGGAAGCAGAGCCAACGCAGCUAGCCGCUGUCCGUCACCAUGCCGAAGGAAGCGUGCAGUGGUCUGUGGCGCUCGGAGGACAUGGUGGUUCUGUCUCUCCACAUGCAGCGCGAGGUGGCCCACGAUGCCGUGCUGAAGUUGGGCGAAAUCGGCAUGUUCCAGUUCCACGAUCUGAACAAGGACUUAAGCGCCUUCCAGCGGGAUUUUGUGCAGGAGGUGCGCCGCUGCGACGAUAUGGAGCGGAAACUGCGCUUUCUGCAAGAGGAGAUCGACAAGGCCGGCGUGGCGACCAUCGUGGAGGGCGGUGCGGAGAGCGAGACCAUGUCGUCGUUGGAGCAGAAGAUCGAUGAGGUCUACUCCGAGGUGAUGGAACUGAAUGAGCAGUACCAGGCGCUGAUCGAGGAGCGCAACCGCUCGAAGGAGCACCUUGAGAUUCUGUCGCGCGACUUUGGCGGUGCCACCGGCGACGGUCUGAUGAUGGUCACCGGUGUGAUUCCGAAGGACCGCAUUCCGCUGUUUGAGCGGCUGGUGUACCGUGCGACGCGUGGCAACUCCCUCAUGCGCACCGACGACAUCGACACGCCGUUCUACAACAUCAACGCAAACGAGUCCGUCUACAAGAGUGUCUUCGCUAUUUAUUUCUCGGCGUCGCGGCUGCGCGAGAAACUGGUGAAAAUUGCGGAGGCGAACGCCGCGACCGUCUACAACUAUGCCGACUCGGAGCAGCAGCUUAACAGCAUGCACGCCUCGCUGAAGCAACAGGUCGACACCAUUACGCAGACAUUGCAUCAGUCCGCGUACCGCCAGCGCCAAGUGCUGCUGGGCAUUGCCGCCUCCUGCUACGAGUGGCGCCGUGCGGUGGUGACGGAGAAGGCGGUCUUCUCGACGAUGAACAUGUUGAAGUUCUCCGGCUCGACGGCGAUCGCGCAGGGCUGGGCGCCGGUGCGCGCGUGUGAGGACAUCCGCACCGCGAUUGCCGAGGCGGAGUACCUCAGCGGCGCGCAGGUCGGCACGAUCAUUGAGGAGCUGCCCACCAAGGAGGCGCCGCCGUCGUACUUCAAGACGAACAAGAUCACCAGCUCCUUCCAGGGCAUUGUGGACAGCUACGGUAUGGCGCGCUACAAGGAGGCCAACCCGGGCGUGUUCACGAUCAUCUCCUUCCCCUAUUUGUUUGGUGUCAUGUAUGGUGACGUGGGUCACGGCAUCAUUCUCACCCUCCUCGCCGCCUUCCUCGUGUUCAAGGAGAAGAGCUUUGAGGGCCAGCCGCUGAACGAGAUCUUUGCGAUGAUCUUUGGAGGCCGCUACCUGCUGCUCCUCAUGGGCUUCUUCGCCGUGUACAUGGGUCUGCUGUACAACGACAUGUUCGGCUUUUCGAUUGAGAUCUUCUCCUCGGCCUACAGCUGGCCGCAGCUGCCGCCGGAGGGUCCGGAGGGGAUCGUCUACCCGUCCUUCCCCAACGGCCGCCCGAGCGUGAAGCCGACGAGUCCGGUGAUCUUCGGAAUCGACUCCGCCUGGUCGGAGACGGAGAACAAGCUCGAGUUUUACAACUCUAUCAAGAUGAAGUGCUCCGUCAUUAUCGGCGUGGCGCAGAUGAUGGCCGGUGUGUUCAUCUCCCUCACGAACUACCUCUACUUCAACGAUCGCAUCAAGGUGUGGUUCCGCUUCGUUCCUGAGAUCGUCUUUCUCUCCUGCACCUUCGGCUACAUGUGCCUCCUCAUCAUUGUGAAGUGGCUCACCACGUGGGAGAACACGCACAGCGCGCCGUCGCUGCUGGAGACGAUGACAAACUUCUUCCUCGCCCCCGGUACCAUCACGUCGCCGCUGUACACUGGCCAGGCCGCCGUGCAGCUGGUGCUGCUGCUUGUGUGCGCGCUCUGCGUCCCCAUCAUGCUGUGUGUCAUCCCGUACAUGGAGAAGAGAGAGCACGACCACAAGGUGCAAGAGCGCGCCGCCCACCCGCCCGCGGAGGGCGAGGAGGAGGAGGACGACGACUUUGAAUUCAGCGAGAUCGUCAUCCAUCAGAUCAUUCACACCAUCGAGUACGUCCUGGGCUGCGUCUCCAACACCGCGUCGUACCUCCGUCUAUGGGCCCUCUCCCUGGCCCACUCCCAGCUGUCAGAGGUGUUCUGGAGCUUCGCCUUUCUCCUCACCGUCGGCCUCGAUGGCGGCUCGGGCUUCUUCGUCUUUAUCGGCUUCGCCGUGUGGAUGGCGGCUACGAUCGGCGUGCUGCUCGGCAUGGAGUCCCUCUCCGCCUUCCUGCAUGCGCUGCGUUUGCAUUGGGUGGAGUUCAACAACAAGUUCUACCUGGCCGAUGGCUACGCGUUUGAACCUUUUGAUCUGGCGGAGUCCCUGAGCAAGAUCCGCUAA